CCAGCCCUCAAUCCCUGAUCAGUCGACCGGACUCGUCCAGGAAAGCCACGCAAGAUGCUCGCUGCCAGCCUUGUUCUCGGUGCCCUCGCAGCUCCUUCUUUGGCCUUCCCCUUGUUCAGCUCUUACGAGCCGUUCGAGCUCUUCAAGCGCAUCAGCUCCGGCUGCAGCACCACCGGCACCGCGUCCUGCCACAACUCCACUGUCGUGAAGGACACUUGCUGCUUCGAGGCCAACGGUCUGCUCCUGCAGACGCAGUACUGGGACUUCGACCCGGCUAGCGGACCCGACGACAGCUGGACGAUCCAUGGUCUCUGGCCCGACUACUGCGAUGGAACCUACCCCGCCAGCUGCGAUUCGUCUCGCGCUUACACGGACAUCUCGGGACUCCUUACGGACCAAGGCGCCUCGGAUACCUUGGACUACAUGGAGACGUACUGGGUUCAGCCCGCCAAAUUCGGCACCGAUGAAUCAUUCUGGGAGCACGAAUGGGCGAAGCACGGCACAUGCAUGACCACUCUCGAGACCUCCUGCCUGCCUUCAGGCAGCUCUAAGGGUGCCGAGGCCGUUGCCUUCUUCAAGACGGUGGUCAAGCUGUUCAAGAAGUUGCCAACGUACGAUUGGCUCGCUAAUCAGGGCAUCACGCCCGACUCCGACAAGACGUACACCUUGAAGGAGUUGACCUCCGCCCUCGAGGCCGAGUCUGGCGGGUUUACUCCCGCGCUCGACUGCGACAGCGGCAACCUAAACAUGAUCAGCUGGUACUUCAACCUGAAGGGCUCUGUCAUCGACGGCAAGUUCGUGGCCAUCGAUGCUCCGGAGGCCGGCUCGUGCCCUUCAAGUGGCAUCAAGUACCCGCCCAAGUCGGGAUCGUCGUCUUCGAGCACCACCACCACGAAGACUUCGACGAAAACCAGCACCUCCACCACCAGCACCGCGACCGCCACUGGCCUUCCUACCAAAGCGACGCUCGUCGCUAGCUCCAGCGGUGGCUUGCUCAGCGGGGGCACCUGGUCGACGCAGACCUUGGCUACGUACACCAUCUCGGGUUCCGCCGACAGCUUCACGAUGAAAACCUCCAAAGGAAGCUGCGGCGUGUCGAGCGGCGCGCUGAAAUGUGGCAGCGGCGUUUCCUCAUCCUCUUUCUCAGCCGUCUCCUCCGGCAGCAAACUGUUGCUCGCUUAUGACGGAUCCACCAAGUGGUCCUCCGACGAUACCCCUAGCGGGAGCGACCAGGAGACGGUCUACACUGGCAGCAGCCAUGACGAAUCCUUUAAGAUCUCAAUCCACUCUACGUAACGAGGCUGCUGGCCUAUAUAUACCUGCACUGUGAUGGCAAUGUAGCAAUGAUGAAUCGAAGCAGAAAUG